UCUCUGACAGGAAAGUUGGGGUAAGAUUAGACAACGGCUAUUCCGAAUAUAUAUUGUGUGUAUAAUAAUAUUAUGUUAUCGAACAAACGGGCGACAAAGAUAUCGGGGCACCCGUUUUUAUCUCAUCGGGUUUCGAGAUAAAAAGAUGCACUCGACGUGGCGGCACACGGCCAAAAUACCAGUCUCACGCUAGUCGCUCGGCCUGGUUGUGUCCCUAAACCCGAUAUGUAGUCCGAUAGUCCGUUUGCGUUUGUGUGUGUGCGCCGUGUGUCGUGAGUCGUGAGUCGCGCGCGCGCGCGCGUGUGUGUGUGUGUGUGUGCCAUGUGCGCGCGCACACAUAACGUAUAGUAAUUUUUGUCGUCUAUUGCAGAGUUUGUCGUUUGUGUAGAAAACAUAAAUAUUAUAUUUUUAUAAAUAAUAACAUAGGUAAUAUUAAUAAUAUGUGCUUACGUUUUUGUUGUCAAUGACGUAAAAAAUAUCGUGUUUGAUCGGUCUGGCCGUCCGGACGUCGCGGUCGACAUCGGCUUCACUCUCACUUCUUUCGAGUUUGACCCACAGACGCGAUAAUGACCGUUGUUUGUUCCUCUCUAACGUCCUGGACGCAAUGUGUACGACGUUAAAAGUGAUAUACAUAUAAAUUUAUAUACAUAUAAGGCAUGGAGGGUGACGGGACUUCCAGAGGGGUGAUAAGACCCGCCCCAGCACAUAUCAGGACCAUUACGACGUCGGGCCACAUAACCACCGUGCCUAACAUCGAAGGGCAGACCAGGGACGAGAGCAAUGCCGCAGACACCAUGUCGCAGUUAAAAGUGCAACAACAGAGAGACUUUGGACACAACGGGUUAUCUAGGAACUGUACUCCUGAUAAUACGGAAUGCGUACCGACGGAGGUGCUUAUGGACGGGUUCAAUGAAAACGGUACGCCUGCUGCUCACACGCCCGAAGAGGCCGCGUCACCGGACGAAUACCAAAAAGACCAUAGUCCGCCCGCAGAAGCCAUCCGACUCCGGAGAAACGUGGAUGGUACCGAAGUGAAUUUGCAAAUACCGAUGGAAAAGUUGCCCACGUUUCAUGGGUACGUAGCUACUACCGAAUUUCCAAGUCACAAUCAGAGAUAUCAGCGAAUUAGAUAUUUGGAGUACCGAGGACAGUCUCCUGAAGAUGGCAGUGGCGGCGGCGGCGGAGGUUUUGAACAACCCCUGAUCAAGUACGAACAUCACCAACAACAACAGCAGAGUAAAAUGGAUCCGAAUUCUAGUUACGUGACUUUAGAAUCGGUUACGGACGUCUAUCAACAGCAGCAGCAACAACAGCAACAGCAGCAACAACAACAACAGCAACAGCAACAGCAACAACAACAACAACAACAACAGCAGAAUUACCAGCAACAAAACUCGUACCAGACGUACCAAACGUACGAGAGCGAACAACCAGUGAAUGACAUAUUUAACAUAUAUGAUAAGGAGAGUCACGGUGGUGGUGGAGAUUAUGGUGUAAAAGCCGGUCACCAGAAGGGUAGUUACGUUCAACAGACUCUGAUGCAACAACAACAGCAGCAGCAGCCCGAGUAUCAAGACGACGUCAACGGCGGUGGCGGUGGCGGAGGUGGUGGUGAGGGACAACCGGAUUUCUGGGGACCUCACGAGCAACAGGUGGCAGACUUCACAAACGCUGCAAACGAAACUUUAGCAGCGGCCAACGCACUGCAAAUUCAAGAAGUCGGCUUAGGGCCGCCGGAUGGAAGCAUACAGGUGACCCAGCAGUAUGCUAUUUUCCAGACCGGUAACCCCGGACCAUCGUGGAUCGACGAACACUACGAUCAAAACGGCAUCCUGAACGUGGACAUGAAGGAAUGCGUGAAUUGCGCAGCCAACGUGACGCCCCUGUGGCGGAGGGAUGGCACGGGCCACCAUCUAUGCAACGCGUGCGGCUUGUACAACAGGAUCAACGGAGUGAAUCGGCCGCCGGUCAGAUCCGCGCAAAAGAAAACCACCCAACAAACAGGAAACAAACGUUCCGGAGUGGCCUGUGCUAACUGCUCGACAAAUACGACGACUCUGUGGAGACGAAACAACAACGGAGAACCAGUGUGUAACGCUUGUGGUCUCUAUUUCAAAUUGCACAACGUCAAUAGGCCGUUGACGAUGAAGAAAGACGGCAUACAAACGAGAAAGAGGAAACCAAAAAACCCGUCCAUCGGUGGUUUCAGCCAAAACUCGUCGUCUAAAGAGAAAGGAGAAGUAACAACAAAGCUUCUACUUCCUCACUUGUUUACUAAUUCUCCGGAUAACAAACAUCAACACGGACAUCUUGGUGGUUACGACCAAACUGCAAUGACAUCACAAGAACACUUCCUGCCUCACGGUUCUCAAAUUCACAUCCCUACAUUACCCCCACCGCCAACAAACCUUAACCGUCAUUCAUCCAAUAAUGGGCAAUCGAUGGAACAAUUGGGCUCUAGAGACAUGCUGACCAGUGUGAUCACUUCUACCGGAAAUCAAAAUGUAAGAGAUGAUUAAUUUCCUACCAAUUAGUAAACAUUUAAAUUAAUGCAAUACUUUUGUGAAUAACUUUUUUCAAUUUAGUAUUAUCGUAUAGAAUAUUUGUUCAUUUGCAAAUUAAUAUAUAAAAAAUAUGUUAUAUAAACAUAAUUUGUUAUAACAAUGUGAUCAUGCACUGUAAAGUGAUAAUGAAUGAUAAUUAUAUAUUUUAUAUAUAUAGUACCUAUCUAUAAAUAUAUAAUCUUAUAAGAUUUUGUGAUGAAAGAAAUAUAGCUAAUUGUUUAUUUUA